AGUACUUGAUUGGACAGUGUUCAUUGCUCCCAUGACAAUCCUUUGUGUUGUACUUUAAUUUUAAUUUAAUAUUUCUUCAGAACUUGAUUUUUGUGAUCGUUAAACUGACGAGGAAAUGUAUGCGAUUGUAAGAGCCCUGUCUAUUUGGUAUCUCGUUGUUUUUAUGUGCAUUUUGUGGUCUGAAGCAAACCUAGAAGUUGCCUUGAAUGAUCCUUGCGCUUCGAAUCCUUGUUGGAAUGCUGGAAGUUGUAUGAGGAAUGGCUCUUACUUCACUUGCAGUUGUCAAGUCGGAUUUCGUGGUCCGGCUUGUGAAUUUCGUUCCACUGAUUGCCCAGUAAACCCAUGUGUUAAUGGUGUUUGUAGUCUUAAAAGUGGCAACCCAAAAUGUUACUGUACUCCAGGAUUUACUGGAAAGUUAUGCGAUAUUGACGAAGAUGAAUGCGCUUCUCAACCUUGCAAGAAUGAUGCUCUCUGUGUUGACGAAGUCAACGGCUACAAAUGCGUAUGCGGAGACGACACAUAUGGCCGUCAUUGUGAGAUUCAUCAAAGUGACAUAAUGGAGUGCACAUCACGAUGUGACGAAAAGCCUUGCUGGCGAAAUCGUUCAACUGUUAUACCGGUAAUUUGGGGAUAUGGCGUCAGUAUCUGUAGCACUGGUCAUUCUUGUUUUGGUGGUGAGAAUGAUACGGAUGCAGACGUGUAUGAUACUUUUGUUGAAGUACAGCUAAAGCCUUUGCAGAUUCAAGUAGGAGAUACUCUUAAUUUUACUGCUAAUGAGGAAAUUUUGUCUUAUGUCGAUGGAUUUGUACCACACCGCGUCGUUGCUACAGACAAGGCUAAUGCAUUCCUAACCUGUAACGAGAGCAAUGGCAUUCCACUUGUAAAUAAAUCCACUGAUAGUGUUUCUGUGGGCUUAGACAUACUGAAAAUUGGAAAGCACUAUUUUAUCGCCAAUAUAGAUUCUACUUUCCGCUGCGACUUUGGCUUGCGACUUAAUGUUAGUGUGAAAGAAAACAAUUGUAGCCCUCCGUCCACCAGCGAGGUGUGCUCCGGCCGAGGGCAAUGCUCGACAAACUUUAGUCUAUUCGACUUCCGCUGCAAAUGUUGUGGUGGAUUUCGAGGAAAAUUUUGCGAAAAAAUCGACAAUUGUUUCUCGAAACCUUGCAAAAAUAACGCCCUGUGUCAAAACGUUGAGAGCUCAACCGACGGAAACACGCAUGUAUGUAUUUGCAAGGCAGGGUACAAAGGACGGGACUGUUCUGAAGUCAUCGACAAGUGUCUGUCCUCCCCAUGUCAAAAUGGUGGUCGCUGUAUCCCAGAGGUGAACAACUUCACCUGUCAGUGCCUACGGGGCUUCAGUGGCAGGAACUGUGAAGUUGACAUUGAUGAUUGUGCUUCAAGUCCUUGUUUGAAUGGUGGCAGAUGUGAGGAUGGAGUUGGUUCUUUCCAGUGCAAGUGCCCUGCUGGGUUUACAGGUUCUCAUUGUGAAGUUGAUAUAGAUGAAUGUUUACAUUCUCCUUGUGUUCAUGGUACAUGUACUGAUCAAGUAAAUGGCUUUAAGUGCCAUUGCUCACCUGGAUAUGCAGGGUUCAAAUGUGAUUACAACCUCAAGGAAUGCCUUUCCAAUCCUUGUCAGAAUGGAGGAAGCUGUAUUGAUGAAGUGGGUGGCUAUAGAUGUGAUUGUGGUUUGGGAUACAGAGGGGAUCAUUGCCAGAUUGAUAUAGACCUCUGUCAGGAGCCCAUGAUGUGCAUCAAUUCAAUAUCUUGUCAAGACAAAGGUCACAGUGUCAAGUGCUUCUGUAAAGCAGGUUUUACAGGUUACAACUGUGCAGUUAAUAUUAAUGACUGCCUCUCUUAUCCGUGUAAGAAUGGUGGAAUAUGCAGAGACAAAGUAAAUGAUUUUGAAUGUAUCUGUCCUCAUGGGUUUUCUGGAAAAACAUGUAAAGGGUCUACAGAAGCAACAUCAGUCAAACAUUUUGAACGACAGUUUUCCCUCAAGUUAAUGACUGAAGAUUGCAAACUUUUAAAGGACUCCCAGGAUAUGAUACACAUAAACCAGGGUAUAGCUUCCAACAUGGCAAAAUCCUGCAGUUGCAGUUUUGAUGAAGGGAACAUAGUAAAUGAGUCUGUAAUUCUCCAGUGUAGAGACAGUAUCAGUGCUGAAGUUAGCAUGGAGAUAAAGCCAGUUAAAGAAAAAUCAGUUAGUGAACUGAUUUGCCAGUUUUACAUUCUUCUUAACCAGAGCAAGAAUGUUAUAGACUUGGGCUACAACUCAUAUGCAGUGAGGGUUCUUAGUGAUGUGUCAGCAUGUGGUGCCAUCAAUGUCACUGACAAGGGCACAGUUCAGGACAGCAAUACUCAAGAAGAUGAAGACACAAGUAGUUCAGGCGACAUUGCUGUUACUGUAUCAUCUACAUGUGCUGCCCUUGGCCUUAUUGCAGCUGCUGUUGUAGUUUGCUUAAAGUGCCGAAGAGCAAUUCCUCCUUCAGGCAAAAAAUCUUCCUCUAAAGGUGAGAAUCAGCUGAUAGAAGACCUGAGUGCUGAUCUACUUACUGCUGUUGCCCCUACUCCCAAGUCCAUGUAUCGCACUAGUGGUGGUUAUCAUAACAUGGCUUACUCUGGACGAUUUAAUCCUGAAAACCCAGUUAAAUCCCGCAGAGUGUGAAGUGACCUUGGAAUGUUUGCUUCAUAUCUGAUAGUUUUAUGGCUGGUGUAUGAACAUUUACCAUGUAAAUAGUGAUAUGAAAAUCGCUCAGUACCUUUUUGUAGAUACUAGCAAAGAAAAAGAGUUUUUUUAUAAAUUUUGGAUGCAAGAAAUACACAAAGGUUUGUCUUUACACCAUUUCCUUUGAAGAAUACAGGAACUAUUAUUUAUGUCAUCAGUGUGAGAGUUCUUCCUUGGUAGGUGGAGUUAUUGUGAUUUUAUUGUAGUAAAGGCUGACAAGUGGAGUGUAUUGGAAUUUUGAAAAGGAUGAGAUAACACAUUUUCCAUCAUUUGUUAUCUUUGAAUUGUUUUGAUUGGAUUCAAUAGAUGCUUUGAUCAGCUGAACACUGGAAAAGUGUCUUAUUGGUAGACAUAUGUGAUAUCUAGUGAACAAGCACUACAUGUAUAUGGUGUCAAGGGGGGACGUAUAUUGUAAACAGGAAGGAAUGAGUUUCCCGUAAGAAAGCUUACUUUACUCCAAAUCCAGAGAAACAUACUGAACAGAAAAAUCCCCAAGUAUUUCCUAUCAACUACAACUCAAACAUGACUGUUUUGUAUUAUGAAACUUCUAAAUGGCAAUUAACAAAAAUUCAAUGCUUUUAGUUGUCCAUUUGCGUGAACACGCGGGUCUGAACUUUGUGUUAGAAGAACUCUAGGUGGUGACUUUUAACCUUACUCUCCUGUCUAUUCUCAGUGAUUAAUUUUAUUUUCUUUGACUUUUAUUUUCUUAGUGAAAACCUAAGUUUUAAGUAACUUUUGCGGACUGAGAAAAGCUAAUUCAUUUAUAGGUGCAGCUCAGAUACGUUCCUUAUUUGAAUACUUCAUCUUGGUUUUGUAAGAGAGGUAGUCAGGAAAACACAAAACCAAUCGUUUGUAUCACUUGUCAACCUUUGUUUAUAGUUUGCAUGAUUUUAUUAUGAAUGUUAAUAAUUUUUUGGUUUUUACAUGGACAUGCAUUUUGUACUCUUAAUUAAAACAAAAAAAAACGGCAC